GCUUCAAAAAUGUUCUCUUUAAAGACAGCAGCCAACAAGGUCGUAUUCCCUGCCACUCGUGUCGCUUCUCGCAGAUGCAUUUCAUCCUCUGCUUCCAAGUCUGCUUUGAUUUCUACCCGUAUGGCCCUUGCCUCCGGUAACAAGUUCACUGCCAACCUCCUCAACCAAGGUUAUGUUUCCUCCGCUCCUUCUCGCUUCAUGUUCUUUGGUCGUCGUACUAUGGCUACCGAUUCUGGCAAGUUCAGCCGUAGCAAGCCUCAUGUCAACAUUGGUACCAUUGGUCAUGUUGAUCACGGUAAGACCACUUUGACUGCUGCUAUCACCAAGACUUUAGCUAUUGAAGGUGGUGCCCAAUUCAUGGAUUACAACCAAAUCGAUAAAGCUCCUGAGGAGAAGGCUCGUGGUAUUACCAUUUCCACUGCUCACGUCGAAUACGAGACCGAUAACCGUCAUUAUGCUCACGUUGAUUGUCCCGGCCAUGCUGAUUACAUCAAGAACAUGAUUACUGGUGCUGCUCAGAUGGAUGGUGCUAUUAUUGUAGUUUCCGCUACUGACGGUCAAAUGCCUCAAACCCGUGAGCAUUUAUUGUUGGCCCGUCAAGUUGGUGUCCAAAACUUGGUUGUUUUCAUUAACAAGGUUGAUCAAGUUGAUGACCCUGAGAUGCUUGAACUUGUCGAGAUGGAAAUGCGUGAUCUUUUAGCUGAAUACGGUUUCGAUGGUGAGGCUACACCCAUCAUCAAGGGUUCUGCUCUUGCUGCCCUCGAAGGUCGUGAUCCCGAGAUUGGUGAAAUUCCCGUCAAGGAAUUGAUGGCUGCUGUUGAUGCUCACAUUCCUACACCCGUUCGUGAUUUAGACAAGCCUUUCUUGAUGCCCAUUGAAGAUGUCUUCUCUAUCUCUGGUCGUGGUACUGUUGCUACUGGCCGUGUUGAACGUGGUACCAUUAACAAGGGUAAUGAAGUUGAGAUUGUCGGUAUGGGUCCUACCAUCAAGACCACUCUCACCGGUAUUGAGAUGUUCCGUAAGGAAUUAGAUCGUGGUGAAGCUGGUGAUAACAUGGGUGCCCUUUUGCGUGGUAUCAAGCGUGAACAAAUUCGUCGUGGUCAAGUUAUGUGUGCCCCUGGUACCGUCAAGUCUCACAAGAAGUUCAUGGCUCAAAUCUAUAUCUUGACCAAGGAUGAAGGUGGUCGUCACACUCCUUUCGUUAACAACUACCGUCCUCAAAUGUUCGUCCGUACCACUGAUGUUACUGUUUCUCUUACACAUCCCGAAGGUACUGAGGAUCCCGAUGACAAGCUCAUCAUGCCCGGUGAUAACGUAGAGAUGCAAUGUGAACUUGUUCACGAUAUUGCCCUCGAAGAUGGUCAACGUUUCACUAUUCGUGAAGGUGGUAAGACUGUUGGUACUGGUGUCGUUACCAAGGUUAUGGAGUAAGUUCAUUUUGAUUUGGAAAAAGAAUCUAGCUGUAUAAACCCCCCAAAAAAGAGAGAUUUUCCUUCUUCUUUUUUUCCUCUCAAUCCCCCUCAUUAUUACUUUUACAAAAGACAAAAAAAAAUCUAUAGAUAAAAUAAAAAAAAAUACAUAUAAAAACGCAAAAGUGUGGUACCAGCAAGUAGUCGUUAUGGCGGUAUAUU